AUGGAUGUUGAAGAUGAGGAGGCCUGGGGGUCCAAGUCUGAGUCCAGGGGCGAGGACCCCGAGGACGGCUUCAGCAUGCGUGGUGGGGCUUUCGCGCUGCUGGGGCACGUCUAUGCAGGUCCUCCUGAGGAGGAAGUGAAGGAUCUUGAGGAAGAUGCGGCCCUGGCGGUGUUUGAUCAGCUGUGGGAACAGCAGCCUGAUCCUGACGAUUGGAGCGGUCCCGAAGAUUCGGGAGAUCCCGAAGAUCUGGGCGAUCAGCUGCAACCAGAGGAGCCCAGCAACCGAAAAGCGGAGACCAGUUUCGCUGGCAAGGGCAAAGGCCAAGGAGGCGGAGGUUGGGAUGAACCUAGUCCAGGACCGCCGCCCCCUGAAGAUGAAGAAGACGUGGAGGUGGAAGUUGAGGUCGACUGUGAAGAUGAGGAGGAGGAGGAGGUGGAGGAGGUGGAGGAGUUGGAGGAGGUGGAGGAGGUGGAGGAGUUGGUUGAAGAAAUUGAAGAAGAGCCGCCGAUGCCUCCAGUUGCGGCCUCUGCCUCUGACGGCAAAGCCAAAGGCAAAGCGCAGGUCGCCCCACCGUCGGACGAUGAAGAACCGGAGCCGGUCCAGGAAGAGGAAACUGAUGAUGACGAUGAAGAAGAGAUCGGCAUCAGCAAGGGCAAAGCCUGGCUCAAGGGCAAAGGCAAAGGCGAGAGUCACGCAAGCCUAGGCAAGGGCAAAGAGAGAGGAAAAAACUGGGGCAUGGACUGGCCCGGCAAGGGCUGGAAAGGUGACGACUACUGGUGGGGCAAAGGUGAUUGGGCCAAAGGACGCCAACAGGGGAGAUUGGAGACAAGAUUGGAACUGGAGCAAGGUGAAGAUGGCGGAGUACAGCCUGUAGACCUCAAAGGGGUACGGUUCUGGAGCUUCCUCCAGAUCGUGAAGCAGUUGCAGCAGAUCUUCCUUGAGUUCCAGGUGGCACUCGGAAAGCGCAGCAGCUAG